AUGAGCAGUGAUUUGGAGCACGUUUCACUCAAUUCAACGACGGCCAGCAACUCUGGGACUGGGUCGGGCGGCCGAGGGCUGUCAGCCAACGUUCGGAAGCUGCACAACGCGCUCAACUUGSUGCUCACUGACUUCGAGAGAGAACAGUUCAUCCACUGUCUCAAUGUUUACCACGCUAAACGCAACGUCUUCGACUUGGUUCAAACUCUCAAAAUAAUCCUCAACACGCCGAACAAACGACAACUCCUCCCCAUGUUGCGUUUGGUCAUUCCCCGCUCAGAUCAGCUGUUGUUCGACCAGUAUACUUCCGAGGGCCUGUACCUUAAAACGGAUCAUCUACCACUAAACACUCCCCUGGCUUUCAUGCAGGGGGAGGCUGUUGGAGAGAUCCGCAUAGUGACACUGAGACGCAGCAAGAGCAAUGAGGGCUUAGGGUUCAGUAUCCGGGGAGGUUCUGAGCACGGUGUGGGAAUCUAUGUGUCGCUAGUAGAACCCGGAUCUUUUGCCGAGAAUGAAGGACUGAGGGUCGGGGAUCAGAUAGUGACUGUUAACGGCAUGCUGUUUGACAGAGUCUCACACAUGGAGGCAGUCAAGGUCCUGAAAGGCUGUAAGAAGCUGGCCAUGUCAGUGUGUUCAGUGGGCCGGAUCCCCGGGGGGUAUGUCACCAACAACAUUUAUGCCUGGGUGGAUCCUCAUGGCCGCAGCGUGUCCCCUCCCUCCGACCUGGAGCAGCAAAGCACCCUGGGACCACAACACAGCCAGAGACGUACAGGACACACACAGGAGAAGACAGUAAACCUGAACCUGGACGACGGUCUCUCUCUGGGCCUGAUGAUCAGAGGAGGGGCGGAGUAUGGCCUGGGUAUCUACAUCACUGGGGUAGACCCCGGCUCAGCUGCAGACCACGGGGCACUCAAGGUGGGCGACCAGCUGCUGGAGGUGAAUGGGCAGAGCUUCGUGGCCAUCCCCCAUGACGAGGCGGUGAGGAUCCUGAAGACGAGUUGUCACCUGCUGGUGAGGGUGAGGGACGUUGGCCGCGUGCCCCAUGCCCGCACCGUGGUGGACCAGACCAAAUGGAUCAGCAGCCCCAUCCCCCGUGUGGGGCCCCCGGGUUUCCAAGUGUCUCUGGAGGAGCAGGCCUUCCUGCUGCUGACAGACCCAGAGAGACAGACCAUGGGUUACUACCUGCGGGAGUACCAGGAGGGACACAUCGGCCUGGAGCCACUGACCAUGGCCCUGUUUGAGCUCUUCAACACCCAUGCCAAGUUGUCCCUGCUAUCUGAGGUGCGUAGUCAGUUGGCUCCCCAGGAACUGGAGCUGUAUGAUGGCCUGGUGCUGCACCGCGAGAGGGAGGCUCUGAWGGCCUGGCACGGAGGAAUAGGAUCCCUACACCCUGCGCACCCAUACAGCCGCUGUCUACACACUGAGCCCUCAGCCAGCCACAGCCACUCCAACCCAGCCACUCUCUGCUCUGCCAAGCAGGAGUGCUCACAUGGUGACAUUGUACAGCAAGAUCCAGGGGCAACCACUAAUGUCCUACCUGACGUUACAUUGAAUGAAGUGCAGUCUACAGCUGAGUUUCCUCCCUUCUUCAAGCCUCCUCAUCCCCCUGGACCCGAACAGACCCAGCCCAGACAUCCGAGGGACAGGGAGAGGGAGCAGUCCAAGAGCCUCUUAUCCAGACACUCCCAAUCUGGCCUGGUCUUUACUGCCCCUACCAGGCUGCACCAGGAAUGUCACCACAAACACCUUAAAGCCUUCCAAAGCUUCUCCAACCACCAAACUUCCACCUCCCCUAGCUCUGACGUCCAUCACACCUGUCCCAACCCUGGACAUCAUAAUAGCUCCAGCCCUGGCCAUCAUAACAGCUCCAAACAUGGCCAUCAUAACAGCUCCAAACCUGGCCAUCAUAACAGCUCCAACCCUGGCCAUCAUACCACCCCCAACCCUGGCCAUCAUACCACCCCCAACCCUGGCACUGGCCAUAGUGUCUAUCCAAGCUCUGGCAAUGACACAUCCAUGAACUCUCUUCACCACACCUGCCAAAACUCCCUCCACAUCUCCACAACUACCUCCUCCGACCACCACACCCACCAAACACACCACGGCUGCUCCAGCUCCGGCCACCAUUCCUGCCCUGGCUCCCUUCAUCCCAAGCCCUCUUGUCCUCAGAACAAGGACAAAUUCAUCAAGCUUCCCAUCUUCAGAUCCUGCUCCCAUGAGAAGCCUGCUACCUCCCCUGGUCCCUCCCCAUGUCUCUCUCCCUGUCUCUCUCCCUGUCCCUCCCCUGGUCCCUCCCCAUGUCUGUCCCCCUUUCCCUCCCCCUGUCCUUCACCCUGUCCCUCUUUCUCUGUGCUGGGACCUCCCCCGUGUAGUCCAGACAGGCCCUGCUCCCCCUGCUCUCCCUCCCUCAGCCAGGGGCGUUUGUUUGUCAUGGCCGACGCACACAGACUGACUGCUGAGGUCAGGCCCGAGCCCCAGCAGAGAGGCACCACAUUGUCCCAGCUGUCAGACAGUGGUCAGACUCUGAGUGAGGACAGUGGGGUGGACAUUGCUGAGGCACGAGGGCUCAGUAAAGACAGCAGUCCUUGGCCAACUAAGAACCAGGCCAGCCAGGCCACACAAGGGCCGCAGGGGGCCCAGGGGUCUGCAGUACUGGCAUCCAAACAGAAGGGGGGCUCGGCACACAGUUGUGGGCAGCUGAAGGUGGGACAGGUGAUUCUGGAGGUGAAUGGGGUCUCCCUGAGGGGUAGAGAGCACCGGGACGCUGCUCGCGUCAUCGCUGAGGCCUUCAAGACUAAAGAGAAGGACCACAUUGACUUCCUGGUUACCGAGUUUAACACAGCCCUACUGCAAGGCCUUUAG